GAUCCAGUGAGGCUGCGAUCUGAACGAUCAGAAGCGUAAUGCUCUGCACUCGCUCUCCAUCUCAUCUGAUGCUCGGACUUUGUGAUUGGACAUCCUGAGAAGGAUGACUGGGAAAACUCAAACCAGCAAUAUAACAAACAAGACAGAUCCUCGCUCUCUGAAUUCCAGAGUGUUCAUUGGUAACCUCAACACUGCUGUGGUCAAGAAAACUGACAUUGAGCUAAUUUUUGCCAAGUAUGGUAAGAUCACCGGCUGCUCUCUGCACAAGGGGUUUGCUUUCGUCCAGUAUGCCUGCGAGAGGAACGCUCGCUCAGCUGUGGUUGGUGAGAACACCAGGGUGCUUGCUGGACAGACUUUGGACAUUAACAUGGCUGGAGAGCCUCGUCCUUACAGGCCAAAAGUGGGAUCCAAGCGACCCUUCUCCUUAUACAGUGGCUAUGAAUUUGAUUAUGAUUUCUACAGGAAUGAUUUCUAUACCAGGAUUUUUGACAUUCGUGGGCGAUUAGCACCAUCCCCUCGGGCUAUGAUACCUAUCAAGCAUUCCCGCUUGGUUGCACUCUCAACACGCAGGACGAAAAAGUCUUUCCAGCCAAAGAUGUCCACCUGCUCUUCUCUAAGAAGGCUGUCCUCAGUGAAAUCCGAUCAGCUCCUGACAAUCAAGAAAGAACUGUCUCAGAUCAAGAUUAAGAUUGACUCCUUACUGGGAAGGCUUGAGAAGAUUGAACGGAAGCAGUUAGCAGAAGCAGAAGCCCACUGGAAGCGCGAGAAGGCCUAUCAAUCUCUCUAUAGUGAAACCGAAGAAAAUUCUGGAGAAGAUGUGGAUCAGGAAGGGGGGUCCUGGGACGUGACAGAUGAAGGUGAUGAUGGAUAUUAUGACAGAGUAAACAAAGAACUGAUAGAAAACCCAAUAUCAGAUGUAGACAACUGAACAAGGACUGAGACCAGCGCAUCAUGUUUGGAAGAUAUCUAGCUAGAAUUGUUGACCUUUCCAUGUCAAACUCUUUAUGUAUUGAUUAAUGUAUGUACCGGUAUGUAUGUAUGUAUGUAUGUAUAUAUGAAUGUAUAAAUGUAUGUAUGUAUAUGUAUUUAUUUCGUUCAAUCAUUCUUUUUUGUAAGAAAUUUGAAAGUAUCUAUGAAGUUAUUCUGAUAUCUGCAUACAUGAUAUGUGUAAAUAGACAAAACAAAAUGGUGAAAAUGGUAACUUUGGUUUUCGGCUAUUCAACUAAAUAUGUAAAAUAAUUCAUGUAUUUUGUCUAGCAAAACAAGUGAUAAACUUAAGAGUCAUUGUCAUAAAGGUUUACAAAUAAAUGGAAAACGUUACUGUAGCCUAUGUGCAUUUUAUUUUUCGGCAUUAAAUGAUUAUGCAUAUAUUUGAAUAAUAUUUAUUGAAUGCACAUUUAUGUAUAAGUAAACUGUCAUAAAAUGAUUGAUGUCUCACACAUUUGAAAAGCUUCCUUUUACAUUUUAUCUAUUUUUUUUCUAUAUUUUAUUGUGGUUUAUCCAUCAUCUGAAAAGUGUUUAUUUUUAUGUUUAAUGUAAUAUUGCCACAAAUUUGUGAAAUAAAAUCAACCAGACAUCAACAA